AUGAGGUGUGUUAUAUUAUUUGUCUUUUUACUGCUCUCGUGCACGGCCGUUCUGCUCUCUUGCACAGCAGUUCUGCUCAAACACAACAAGGACGGUUCCAAUAAUGUAUCAGCAACAAACAUCGGCUUAAACUACGGCCUCCUUGGAGACAACCUCCCGUCUCCAGCCAAUGUGAUCAGCCUUUACAAGUCCAUAGGCAUCACUAAAAUCCGAAUCUUCGACCCAAACACUGAGGUUCUUAACGCCUUACGCAGCCACCAAGAUAUUGGAGUCACCGUAGGCAUCAAGGACCAAGACUUGGCUGCUCUUGCGGCCAGCGAAGAUGCUGUUAAGCACUGGUUUGCAACCAACAUCGAGCCUUACUUAGCAGACGUAAACAUCACGUUCAUAACCGUUGGCAACGAAGUCAUUCCUGGAGAAAUCGGUCCUCAAGUUCUUCCGGUCAUGCGCUCUCUCACAAACCUAGUCAAGUCGAGGAAUCUUCAAAUCUUGAUAAGCACCGUGGUGGCUAUGUCGAACCUGGGAAAGUCAUACCCACCUUCCGUGGGAAAGUUCACUCCCCAAGCGUGUGAACAACUUGUCCCCGUUCUGAAGUUCUUGUCUCUAACGAAUACACCAAUACUCGUCAACAUCUACCCUUACUUCGCCUACGCGUCAAAUCCUCUUAACAUCAGCCUCGAUUAUGCCACUUUCAACACCAAAGAUGUUGUGGUCAAGGACGGGCCAAUGCAGUAUUCCAACCUCUUUGAUGCUAUUUUUGACGCUUUCGUGUGGGCAAUGGAGAAAGAAGGGGUGAAAAGAAUAUCCAUGGUUGUGUCAGAGACCGGAUGGCCUUCUGCCGGUAAUGGAUACUUAACAACACCGGACAUCGCUGCUAGGUACAACGGAAACUUUAUCAAACAUGUUGAAAGUGGUAAAGGGACACCAAAGAGGCCAAACUGUAGCAUUGAAGGGUUUUUGUUCGCGACGUUUAACGAGAAUCAGAAACCAGAAGGAACUGAACAGAAUUUUGGGUUGUACAAUCCUACUGAUAUGAAGCCUAUCUACAAGUUGUUUUGA